AUGGCUGAUCGGAGUAAUCAAAAUAAUAGACAGAUAUUGGAACAAGUGAGCUCUUUAGCUACAUAUACUGCUUGCUUAGUAGCCAUUUGGUUUUGGAUUUAUGUACGUGAAAUUGAAAAUGACCGACGUACAAUCACACAUGAUAUACGACUGGAAAGUGAACAAGUUAGACAUGAAUUAUUGAGUCAUUUAUUCUCAACUGAACUUUGUCGUAAUAUUAUUAGAAUGACCCCUUUAGCUUUUACCGAUUUAUGUGAGAUGGUAGUUAGAGAGGGUGAUCUUAGACUAACACUUCAAGCUACAGUUGAAGAGCAAGUUGCAAAAACACUUUACCUGUUAGCGCAUAAUACGGCAAAUCGCGAGUUAGCUUUUAUCUUUCGACGAUCUGGGGAGUCGGUUAGUCGUCAUUUUCAUAUUGUCCUACGAGCGAUCUUGGGGUUAUUUGAAAAAUUUAUUAAACAACCUGAUGGCUCUCAAGUUCCUUCUGAAAUUGCCAGCAGCCCAAGAUUCUACCCAUAUUUUAAGGAUUAUAUUGGUGCAAUUGAUGGAACACAUAUACGUGUUAAAGUUUCACAACGUGAAGCACCUAUAUACCGUGGAAGAAAAGAUUAUCCAACACAAAAU